AUGCUAUAUCUUCAGGAGAAUCUCGAGGUUCUAAAUCUCAUUUUAUAUAAUUCAAACAAUCUAAGAAUAAACACAAAUCCAGUCUUUUCGAAUCAUGCUGGCAACUGUAUAGGUUAUUUAGUACUAUUUGCACUAUUACAAUGGAUUGUGGGUUCUUCAGUACAAAAGUCCACUAGGUAUGCUCAUACGAUAAAUAAUGGAAAAGAAGGACCAUUAUGUACAUUUUUCCGCUGUAGCCAAGCCAUUUUUUCAUUUUUGCCUACUAACAAUGACUGA